CUGAGGUCACAGGUCGCAGCAAUCAACCCACAAGUCCCGAUGGGCCCUGCGGGGGACGCGGCGAGGCCCGGGCGCUUCUUCGGCGUCUACCUGCUCUACUGCCUGAACCCUCGGCACCGGGGUCGCGUCUACGUGGGGUUCACCGUCGACCCUGCUCGUCGGGUCCGGCAGCACAACGGGGGCCGCAAAAAAGGCGGGGCCUGGCGGACCAGCGGACGCGGGCCCUGGGAGAUGGUGCUUAUCGUGCACGGCUUCCCUUCCGCCGUGGCCGCCCUUCGGUUCGAGUGGGCCUGGCAGCACCCGCACGCCUCGCGCCGCCUGGCGCACGUGGGCCCGCGCCUGCGCAGCGAGGCCGCCUUCGUUUUCCACCUGCGCGUGCUGGCGCACAUGCUGCGCGCGCCGCCCUGGGCGCGCCUCCCGCUCACCGUGCGCUGGCUGCGCGCCGACUUCCGACGUGAGCUGUGCCCGCCGCCGCCGCCGCACAUGCCGCUGGCCUUCGGGCCUCCGCCGCCCGGCGCCUCGGCGACGAGGCGCCGAGCCGGCCCCUUAGCUGACCCGGAGUCCGAGCCCGACCAAGACGCCGAGGCCAGCUGCGCCCUGUGCGCGCGCUCCUUCCAGGAUGAAGAGGGCCCCCUGUGCUGCCCCCACCCCGGCUGCCACCUAAGAGCCCACAUGAUCUGCCUAGCGGAGGAGUUCCUGCAAGAGGAGCCAGGGCAGCUUCUGCCCCUAGAGGGCCAGUGCCCGGGCUGUAAGAACUCACUGCUGUGGGGAGACCUGAUCUGGCUGUGCCGGAUGGGCGCCGAGGAGGAAGAGGAGGACUUGGAAUUAGAAGAGGAACACUGGACAGACAUGCUGGAGACCUGAUCCUCAGCGCCCCCAACCCUCUGCCUCCCCUGUGGGUCUGGGCACUUUUUACUUGAGUACAAUAAAGAGUCUGAGUUAAGGGAACUUUCUGGUGUUUGCUGGGGGGGCCGGGGGUGGGGCAGCGCUGGAGCUAGGAGACAGAGGCCCUGCCAGUCACUGGGGCCUGAGGAGAAGAGCAGAGUGGGGAGGGACCACUCACUCGCCUGGACCAGGCUCUCCUCUUCCUGGAGGCCCAUGUGCCUCAGCUUUCCCCUGCAUGCUACUGACGUCACACAGUUGAGUGCUUGGGAGACUCACACCCUUGACUCAGAGCCCAUCCAAAUCCAGUGCCCAGCUUGACUUUGGACUUUAAUCCAAACAGUAAGGACAGAGGCCAAAAGUGGGGUGGGUAGGGGUAUACGCUACCCUAUGGGGCCCUGUGGCUCUCUAAGCCCCAACUCCUUCUUGUCUCUGUCUGGGAGCCCCUUUAAACCCAGUGAAAGUGGGGCGCCUGGGUGGCUCAGUCGUUAAGCGUCUGCCUUCGGCUCAGGUCA